GCGGACGCGCUCGUCUCGCAAAAGAUCGAAGUGUACUGGGACCUCCUCUCGCUGCAAGACCCUGCCGACGCAAAGAGCGGCACAAACACGACGCUGCUGUCCGACUCGAUGCCGAAAGGAACUACUAGGACGUCCAUCCGAGACUUUACCCUCCAGAAGCUGGUCGGCCGCGGCGGCUUUGGCAACGUCUGGCUGGCCGAGCGCAAGCGGACGCGCGACCUGGUGGCGAUCAAGGUUCUCUCGCGCAAGGAGACCACGGUGCGGAUGAUGAACCGCGCAGUGCACCUCGAGAAGAACAUCCUGGCGCACGCCGACUCCCCGUACGCGAUGGAGUACGCGCCGUGCAGCGACUGCUUCUCCCUGCUCUCCUCGCUGGGCUUCCUCGAGGAGGCGAUCGCGCGCUUCUUCCUCGGAGAGGCCCUGACCGACUUCGGGCUCUCCGCUGUCGACGACCCGCCCGCCUCUCCCACGGCGGCCGGCAAGGAGUCCCAAGGCGCCGGCGGCAGCAGCUUGCCGUCCAACAAGCACAACUCGCUCGAGGUUGGCACCGCCGACUACCUCGCGCCAGAGAUCCUGCGCCGCCAGUGGCACGACCAGCGGGUCGACUUUUGGGCGCUCGGCGUGGUCGCCUAUCACCUCCUCGCGGGUGAGACGCCCUUCGGCGACUCGACCGCCACAAAGAUCUACGCAAAGGUGCUCGUCGGCGAGUACGAGCGGCUCUCCCCCUCCGACGUGUCGCCCGAGGCGGUGGACUUGCUCUCGCAGCUGAUCGUCCUCGACCCGGACAAGCGGCUCGGGCAUGAGCAGGGCUGCGCCGACAUCUUCAGCCACCCCUUCUUCGCGCAGCUCGACCACUCCACGCCGCUCUGGCAGCAGUACUCCCCCUACACGCCGACGGCCAGCCAGGCCACUGAUGGAGGCACCACCGCGGCCGACCAGCGCGAGAUGUCGCUCCUCCUCGAGGACGUCGACGCGGCGGCGUCCGGGCCCGACCAGUCGCCGGGCAACCGCUCGCUCGGCUCGCUCGACGACUUCCAGACGGUCAACCUGCGGCAGAUUGCGCGGAUGCAGCUCAAGAACAUCGCCAACUCGGGCAACGGCCUCGCCAGCUCCGGCACGCGCGGGAGGCACUCGGCCCCCGCCUCGAGCGGCAGCAAGGAGGCGCCGUGAGGGCCGGGGCGAAGAAGCCGGAGACCGCGCUGCCACGGUUUUGCGCCAUGGCUGCUGAGCGUGCAAUACUGACCCCGGAGCACCAGUGCGCCACCAGCCUUCUUUGCCACAGAGAGAGGCAGUUUUGUGAGCAGCCUCAUCGUCAAGAACACUCCUUCGCACGCAUGCAUGUACACCUCAUUCUCGUCUCGUAUUCACACACAGUAUUUUGGUAUUUGCGUGAGAUUGUGUCUUGCCUUGG